AUGCGCAGAAUUCUAAUCACAGGUGGGAGUAGUGGAAUAGGAAAACGAAUUGCUCAACUAUGGAGUCAGCAAGGUCAUCAUUGCCAUCUGAUAAGUAGAAAUGAAGAAAGACUUCAAGAGACUGUUCGUUCAUUAUCCAAUAUUCAAGGUCAGUCUCAUAAAUACACGGUGGCAGAUGUUUGUAAGGAUAUGAAUAGCAUAUCAACUCUUGUUGAAAGAGAGACGUUUGAUACAGUCGUUCAUGCUGCUGGAGUCUCGCAAUCAAGCUUGUUUGUUCGCACUAGUGAAAAUGAAAUAAAUAAUGUCAUUAAUACAAACUUGCUGGCACCUAUGAAACUGUCAAAGAUUGCAGUCUCUAUAUGGUUACGCCAACGAAUUCCCAAAGACAGACUUGUUCUUUUCCUAUCUUCUAGGCUAGCAAAUUAUUCCCUUCCAGGAACAAGCGUUUAUGCAGCAUCAAAAAUGGCAUUGGAAACAUUCACUAAAGUACUAGCUACCGAAGUGGCAGCCCGAGGAAUUCGAGUAAAUGCAGUUGCACCAGGUUACACAGACACGUCUAUGCUAAGUGAUCAUAUGCGUCAAAUCGCUAAGCAACGUGUUCCGCUAGGACGUCUAGCUUCCACCGAUGAGGUGGUAGAUGCUUGUACAUUUUUGUUAAAAAACUCUUAUACAACAGGAACAAUCUUGCCAAUUCAUGGAGGACUUUAA